AUGAGGCCGAUACUCCCGCCUUGUGCAGUCGAUGACCCACGCCACGAUGGCGUGGAGCUUCUUGAGGUUGCUAAGAAUCAAACAGGAUAUUUCAGGCUUGGUGCUGCUGACCGCGUCAAGGUCCGCAUUGACGGUCUAAACCAAGAAGCUGUGCAACGCGUUUCCAGGCGACGGGAACCGGAUAAUUCCUUCAAGCGACUACUGCAACGCAUUAUACCUCACGGAGGUGUUGUGUCGUCCGGGUGCGACCUCGCCAGCUCCUCGUCGGGCGCCGGAAUCCUUGCCCUGCCGUAUGCCUUUAAUAAGUACGGGCUGGUGAUGGCAUUGGUAUACCUCGUGGUGAUUGGCAUACUGGCCGUUUACUCCUUUAUUCUUCUGGGCAUCGUUGGGAAGCGGACGGGGCUGCGGGACUGUGAACGGGUUGCAAAAGUCCGUGUGGGGGACAGGCGCAAACUAUUUUUUUUUAGUUUUCAACAUGUGGCUUAUCAACUUUGGUGCUGA